GGUGGCUUUACUUGAGGGCCACAUCCGACUCGACUCCCCUCAGCAUGGCACUGAGGCAGAAGUUCACCUUGGCUGUUACACCCCACUGGGCUGACAGGGCAAUCGGAUCGAUUCUAAUCGACUUGCGUGAGAUCCAGGAUUCCGGGGGAGCCCGACGCUAAAGCGAGUCUGUUUCUUUACCGAGCCUGAUUUGGAAUCGACUCAACUCCCAGGCGGUCUGUGAGGAGAGUAGAGUAAUGAUCACCCUCCUUUAUGCCAUGCUCGCUUUGUAUCUUGGAAGCUUCAAGGCUGCUCCUCUCCAGUCGAGCACCGCUCUGCCAAGCCGUGGACCCCCUCAGGACGAGCUUGCGUGGGACAGCCAAUGGGAGGGCGACGAGGCGCCGGACAGCGGGUAUCUGCUGGACGACAUGGUCCCCGACACCCAGGGCCCAGACGGCGAGGCCUCGGGGAGGGAGUGGGACUUCUAUUCUCCGAGGGUGACCUUGGCCGCCCAGCCGCCGGGCCUCCCACCCUUGCUGUUCAUCAUGGAGGAGGAGCCGCUGAGCCAGGCCGACGUGGCCAACCGGACCGGGCGGGCAAAGAGGCAGGCAGGGGCCGGGGCCGUUGACCCCUCGCGGCGCGGGGACCUCUCAGUCUGCGACAGCGUCAGCCGCUGGGUGACCGACCGGCGAGCGGCGGUCGAUGUCCAUGGCAAGACGGUGACAGUCCUGAUCGACGUGCCCACCUCCACCGGGCCCCUCAAGCAGUACUUCUACGAGACGAAGUGCAACGAGCGCUCCACCACCGCCCAGGGGGGCUGUCGGGGGGUCGACAAGAGACACUGGAUCUCCGAGUGCAAGACCAAGCAAUCCUAUGUCCGAGCACUCACCAUGGAUGCUCAAAAGCGAGCUGGUUGGCGUUGGAUACGGAUAAACACCUCAUGCGUUUGCACAUUAAUUAAUCGGACUGGAAGAAUGUGA